UUUUUUCCUGGGUGUUGCCUGCCUGCCUGCCCGGUUUACAACUUCGGAGUUUCACCGGGAAGAAGGUUAAGUCGGGAAAUAUCUGCGACGACAACAUUUUUUAACUUUUCGGGAGCCAAAUCGAGGCCCGUUCACUUUGCUAACCCUGUACUUUUUUAACUCACAUUUGACCGGUUUUUUUUAGCCGCCGUUAGCCUGCGAAGCUAACCGAGACCGAGCUGUCCGAUGCAGGCCAUUAAGUGUGUGGUAGUCGGGGACGGGGCGGUGGGUAAAACAUGCCUGCUCAUCAGCUACACUACCAAUGCCUUCCCUGGAGAGUAUAUCCCCACAGUCUUCGACAACUACUCUGCCAAUGUGAUGGUUGAUGGGAAACCAGUGAACCUGGGCCUGUGGGAUACAGCAGGACAGGAGGACUACGACAGACUGAGACCACUGUCCUACCCACAGACAGAUGUCUUCCUGAUUUGCUUUUCACUAGUCAGUCCAGCCUCUUUUGAAAACGUCCGUGCCAAGUGGUACCCGGAAGUGAGACACCACUGCCCCAACACGCCCAUCAUCCUGGUGGGCACCAAGCUGGACCUGAGAGACGACAAGGACACCAUCGAAAAGCUCAAGGAGAAGAAACUUUCCCCCAUCAUCUACCCCCAGGGCCUGGCCAUGGCUAAAGAAAUAAGUGCAGUGAAGUAUCUGGAGUGCUCAGCUCUGACGCAGCGCGGCCUUAAGACAGUGUUUGACGAAGCCAUCAGGGCGGUCUUGUGCCCCCCACCCAUCAAAAAGAGGAAGAGGAAGUGCGUAGUAUUGUAAUGGGGAACCAGUGAAGUGAAAAAAUACAGUUGCAGUCAGAACUCACCGACUCGGAGGGAAGAGGGUGUUGGCGGAGGUUCCACGAAUAUCAAUUCACCCCCCUGUGUCCUUGCUUAUAUAUAUACGCUCCGGUAGAUGAGACUCGUGUCUGAAAGAACUCGAAAGAUUUAAGCAGGUUUAAGAAGGUUUUACUGUGAGAUUUGGUUCCCGGCUGCUUACAUCAGUCCAGUCCUUUCAGACACGACAUGAAUGAAGUGACUUUGCUAAGGCCUUGGUGAAUGUGAGGGGGAUUUGAUUUAUUUGGGUUUUAAGGAGUAAUAGGGAGGAUUUUACUAAGAAAACAAAAACACUCAUGUCAUUUUUCUCAGACGUCGUUCGAAGAAACACUACUUGAACGUGAUUUUUAUCAUGAAGUUACCGUAGAUAUAACUCUAAAGAGAAGGACGUCCUGCGCUGCACUCUUUCCCCUACACAUUAAGAGAUUCCUGCUGCCUUGAUGAAAUUUUACUUAAAGAAAACAUUUUUUUAGAACAUCUAAUUUCUCCUUUUAUUUCAUGGUCAGUCUCUUGUCAGCUGUGCUUGACGGACCAUUUUGUUUACAUGUGUCACCUGACCAGACUGACGUGUCGCCAAAUCUCAGUCAACGGUCAUCAAUUUGUCGUGGCUCCACGAACACUAAAAUGUUUCCUUUUUUUUUUUGCUUUAACUUGUACAAGAUAUCACCACGCAGUCAUGAAGAACAGUUUAACCCCACUUUGAAGAACUUUAAAUGACUUAUAACGUAUUGUAGCAGCUGCUAAGAUAAAUAAUGAUUAUUUUCUACAGUGAACGAGCAUUUAAAACAGUUUCUGUUAGAUAUUUUAACAGAUAGUUCGCCUUGUUUUGUCCCUUAAAGCUUUUUAGACCACGACAUCCCUGUGCCCAUCGCUCUCAUGUCACUACGUGUUAAGAGAACACACACAGUAUUUCAUGGCUGACUGUCGGGCAUGUGAAGGUGCUGUGCAGACGGUUGAAGAUUAUCAGUCAGCAGAGGCUCCUUUUGUGAAGUUUAAUUAACCUAAUGGUUUUUGUUCGUCGCUUCCCUGGCCUGAGAUGUGACUGUCGUGUCGUCAGCAACACAUUUUUACUCUCCAGUGUUGUUGCUUGGUACACUCCAUUUUUCUGUAGAUUAUACCAAACAUUUCAAGUUCUUACUAAAUUCUUCCUCAGAGAGUUCUUUGGAUAUUUAGGCUUUAUUCAUACGAUGCUCACUUUGCUCUCAUGAUGGUGUGUAACCAUGUCGUUUCGACCCAAUUUACUACUGUGUUUCGAGUUAAUGAGCCAGACUAUAAACACUCAGAGUUUGCAACUGACUUUAAUGUAGCUGUUGUACAAUUUGACCUUCAACAGUAACUUUUCAGCAAAUGCAUUUUCAUUUUUAAAAGAGCAGAGAUCAAAAUGCAUGAAUGCUUCAGGCAGCCACUGUAAGUCUUCAUUUCAGUUUAAUUUUAUCAGUGUUUAAUUGGCGCAGUGGAAGUGCACACAUGGAUUUACUUUCUUGCUAAAUGUGGUUUCAUUUUCACAGUGUAAUGUGCUGAUUUUUUAAAAAGUAAAUAAAUUCAUUGAAAAUG